AUGGCAUCAGGAUUAGAAUCAAAUCGAUGUUCGAUCUGUGAGGAAGAGGAAGGAAGAUGCAUGUGUGAUGGGUGUAAAAAGUACUUUUGUGUCAAGCAUUUCGAUCAACAUCGCCAGCAACUGUCGACAAAAUUUGAUGUUGAGAUUGUAAGAACUCAUGAUAAACUUCUUGAACAAAUCAACCUAGUCAAUCAACCGAAUACUAGUGCUUUGGAACUUUUCGGUGAAAUUGAUCGUUGGGAAACUGAAGCCUAUAAAAAAGUUCAUAAAGCAGCUGAAAAAGCUCGUCAUCAACUCACUCAACUGCUCAUUGACGGGAAAGACAUUUGGAAAAAAGACUUUGAAAUAUUGACCAAGGAAAUUCGUAAUCGACAAGAAGAAAUUGAUUUUGAUGAAAAUGAUAUUGAACGACUUCGACAAAAGAUAAAUGAAAUUCAAACAUCAUUAAAUCAAAUGAGUCAACCAACAAAAACGAAAGCAGUCAUAGUGACAAAAGAUCAAAUUGAUUGGAAUCGGGUUAUAUAUGUCGAAAACAGACACAACAGAAUGAGUAAGUGGAUUGAAAACAAUAUUUGA